AUGGAGCCUUUCCGGCAUCAGUCAUCUGGUCCUCCGUCUUCUCACGCCCGCAGGACGCUCCUUGCGGAUCCGCAUAGCAUGUCUUUGCCCAGCUCUUCCAAGACUCGAGGAAGACUCAGCAGACUGCCCGGAAAGCAUGUCGGCAUACCUCACGCCUUUCGAGUCGUGCUCCGAUUCCUGUCUUUCGCAUUGUCCGCGACAAUCAUCGGCCUGCUGGUACACAGUCUUGUGCUCUACCAUAAGACGGCACAAGAUCGGUGGAAGUACCCCAAAGGGACUAUGCUCCCAGCAUGGCCGCCCACGGCGCCAACCUGGCGACCCACGUACCUGUUGUUGGGAGCUUCAGCUGUGGCGGCGGUCUUGAACGUGCUGGCAUUGGUGACUUUGCUUGGAAUGUUUCGAAAGGCUCGCGCUUCCGUCUUCGGUCCCUUGGCAGCGAUUACAUCGUGUGGAGUGGCCUUUGCUCUCGCUGUUGCCGCAGCCGCAUAUUGGAAGGCUUGGGAUACUGGGAAGAAGUCGCAGAACGAUAUCUGGACAUGGACUUGUACACACAAAGAAUACGAAGUCAAGGGAGGGGUUACCUUUUUGACAGUCUGCCAUGAGCUAACCUAUGUCUGGUAUGCGAGUAUUGCGGUGGCGGUUUUGGAGCUCAUCAACCUGUCCGCAUGCCUGUACAACACUGUGCAGCUCAAGAUCAUCCGUGAGGAAGGCAGAUCAGUCACUGGAGCUUAUACUCCGAUCGAGAAACAAGGCCUGAACCCCCUCUUCAACUCUGCCCUCAAACAAUCCACGAAUCUCCGACGAGACCUUGACACAUUUGCCUCGGCGCCCUCCACCGCCUCGCCUGCUCUCCAGGGUCAGAUCUCAACAACUCUGACCUCGUUCGCUCGCACGCUCGACGACUACCAAAAUCUAUCACGCAGCGAACUCAAUGCUGAGAAGAAGGACAAGGCUGUUGAGCGCAUCAAGAACUUCCGAGGCGACCUAGCAAGCUACAGAGCACAGUAUGACCACCUGAAGAAAGAACGGGAGGCUGCCAUCCACGUCGGUCAGAAGAGUGAGCUGUUAGGAAGAAGGCCCCAUCACGCUGCUACGCCAGAGAAUCCCUACGCGCAUGCCUCAAGUAAUUCGCGUGGGGGAGGUGGUCCAUUCGCUCCCGCACAUGGGAACACACAGGAUGGUCUGAGUUUCAGCGGCGGCCAGGGCAAUUUUUCGCGGGAGGAGCAUGCUUUAAGGGAGCAGAACUUCUUUGCGACAGCCAAUACCCAGCUGGACGAAUUUCUAGACCGGGGGAGGGCGGUGCUGGGUGACCUUGGUCAGCAGAGGGAGAUACUGAAGGGGACGCAGAAGAGGCUGUACUCUGUGGCGAACACGCUGGGCAUCAGUGGUGAUACCAUCCGAAUGGUGGAACGGAGAGCGAUGCAGGACAAGUGGAUCUUUUGGGGUGGCGUGGCUGUCUUUUUCACCUUCUGCGGGUUGGUGCUCUACUUCUUGCGCUGA